AUGUCCUCUCCUUGGCAAGUACUGUGUUUUCUCACUCGCCAACCAGUUUAUCCGUUAUCAAAACUUUUAAAUAUAAUUGCAGGUCAGCACUCGGUUUGUAUAGAAAAUAGCUCCAAGUUUAAUUUAUGUCUUAUGUUGAUAACACGGAUAAACCUUCUUUAUAUUUUCGGUGGAGCUAUUCCGUACAUUCCACAAUUAAUAGAAAUUCGCAAGUCACAAUCAGUUAAAGGCUUUUCUACGCAUGUUUGUCUUGUUCUCUUAUUGUCCAACAUUUUAAGAAUAUGCUUUUGGUUCGUACAACCUUUCUCCUCAUCAUUACUCUCUCAAAGUUUCGUCAUGAUUAUUACAAUGCUUGUCCUGAUGAAAACAAUCACGAAAAUAUCUCGUAUGAAGCGUUCCGCUUCAAUACCUUCGACCAUCUCCACGAAGAAAUCAGAAACAGAAGACCACAGUAUUAACAGAUUUAAAAAAAUUUUGUUUGAAAACUUUUGGCGAUGGACACAUUUUCGUCAUUAUCUUUUAUUCCUAUGGCUAUUCACGCUCACCUCUGGUCUAUGCACGUAUAUCUUCUCAUUCAGUCAAGUGUAUAUCCAGUUAUUAGGCUUUAGCGCCUUGUUUAUUGAAGCUAUGCUGGGUGCACCACAAUUUUUAGAGAAUUAUAAAAAUAAAUCAGUUGUUGGAAUGAGGUCUCAAUUGGAGCAUAAGGCUUCAACAGCACAAUUCCAUUUCAUCCCGUUUUCUGAAGUCACAAUUGGUGGACAAAUAUUAUUAAAUUCACAUACUCAUGAAGAUUACAAUGAGCACAGUUCAGUUAAGAAUAGAAAUUUAGAAUAA